AUGAAUGUGCUACCACUAGACUAUGAUGCCUGCGCGUUUUCUACCGAUGGCCGGUAUGUGGCGUCCGCUGUGUACAACCGUCUGAUCGUCAAGGCACAACCGUUCUCUGGUCCCCACGUCGUGGCCACAGCCGCUCAUGCCAUUGACGGUCUGCAGUGGAACUUGGCAUCUAAUCUUAUACUGUGCACAGAGUUCAGCAAAGGUGUGGUACAGGUGUAUGACGUCCGUGCUGAAAAAUGGAUACGUACCCUUAGAUGUGGCUAUUUCAAGUUUGUUGCUGCCGAAUGGAUUGGUCGCAACAAAAUUUUGCUGACGCUUGAAUUCCAUAUGGCUUUAGCUGUGUUUAAUCUGUUAAAAAAUUCCAUUGUAUAUAUUGAAAUACCUAAACCCAUUUGGCCUUGUGCAGUGUUUGAUAGUGAUGGGACACAUAUGUUUGUUGUCUCCAAGAUAAAUGGUUAUGAGAAAUUGCUAAUGAUGAGUUCUCGAAGUUUAGAUAGGAUUAUUUAUAUUCAAGACAUAAUAGGACCUUGUAAUGGUCUAAAUAAAUCUCCAAAUAAUCGUUUCAUCUGUGUUUUUAAUGAUGUAAAAUUAGCAAUUCUUGAUUUUCUCUCUGGUAAUGUUAUUGGUUCAGUUGAAACUAUUUCAUUAAACGCUGUGAGUUGGGCACCUAAUAGUAAAUAUUUAGCUUUAGGAUGUUCCUUGGGUGACAUUGUUGUAUUAGCUUCUUCUAAUGAGUUUAAUAUAGAAUUUAAAUUUUCUUGUUCUUUGUUAAAUGAAGAUUAUGAUUUUUUCAUAGAAUCCGGUGGACUUUAA